AUGGCUGUCUCCGAGCUCGUGUGCAUCUACUCUGCUCUCAUCCUUCACGAUGAUGAGGUUACAGUCAGGGAGGAUAAAAUUAAUGCCCUCAUUAAAGCAGCAGGAGUUGGUGGACCUGUCCCAGCAACUGGUGAUGCUGCCCCUGCUGGAGGUGCUGCUCCAGCUGAGAAGAAAGAAGCAGCAAAAAGAGAAAAAUCCAAGAAGUCUGAUGGUGACAUGGGCUUUGGUCUGUUUAACUGA